GCAGGGACUGAAUAGACACACACACACACUAACACACAUACACCGAGAGAAGAAACGGGGUCAACGGCGGAAAAAGGACGACACCUCCAAGUCGACAAUCGCCCCCCGGUGACUCUCAUGACUCUCUCCGGGGUGGGUCCAACCCCAAGAAUCCGUCAUCCUAUAAUGAACUGCGAGAGAUCGGCUCAGGUCUAGAGUCCUCUUGCAGCUGCUUAGAGGAGCGAGGAUAGGACUAAGACAUCGGAGUCAGAGUCAAAUUAGGGUGGCCCGUCUGCUUUUGUCCUGCGUUUCUCGGGCCCGGUGUCUGGCAGGCAGUGGUGCACAGUGCGUAAAUGCGUUCCGAGUAGAGACAGGCCUCCGAGGAGCACUUCAAUGUUGAUAUUCAGUCUUUGUCAGACAUCGUGGUAGUGCAUCGCGUUUUUUCAUAGCUCCGCUGAGCGGAUGGAGUGAAUUGUGCAAAAGGGGACUGAGACAGACCGCAGUUUGGUUGCGUGUGAUGAUAGGAGACACAAUGACGCUCUUGUCUCUUCUGGGUCGGAUCAUGCGUUAUUUUCUCCUCAGGCCGGAGACGUUGUUUCUGUUGUGCAUCAGUCUGGCGCUGUGGAGUUAUUUCUUCCAUACAGACGAGGUGAAAACCAUCGUCAAGUCUAGCCGGGAUGCCGUGAAGAUGGUAAAGGGGAAAGUGGCGGAGAUGAUGCAGAACGACCGGUUGGGAGGCCUCAGUGUUCUGGACGCAGAGUUCUCCAAGACCUGGGAGUUCAAGAAUAACAACGUAGCAGUGUACUCCAUACAGGGGAGACGAGAUCACAUGGAGGACCGCUUCGAGGUGCUCACCGACAUCACCAACAAGACCCACCCGUCCAUAUUCGGGAUAUUUGACGGUCACGGUGGAGAGGCUGCAGCUGACUACGUGAAGGUCCACUUGCCAGAGUCCCUGAAACAGCAGCUGCAGGCCUUUGAGAGAGAGAAGAGAGAUAGCUCUCUUUCUUAUGCCAGCAUCCUUGAGCAGCGCAUAUUGACUGUGGAUCGUGACAUGCUGGACAAGCUCUCUGCCAACCAUGAUGAAGCAGGAACAACCUGUCUUGUAGCCCUGCUGUCGGAUAGAGAGCUCACAGUGGCCAACGUUGGAGACUCGCGUGGUGUGUUGUGUGACAAAGAUGGAAACGCUGUUGCACUAUCACAUGACCACAAACCAUAUCAGCUAAAAGAGCGCAAGAGGAUCAAGAGGGCAGGAGGCUUCAUCAGUUUUAAUGGAUCCUGGAGAGUCCAGGGAAUUCUGGCGAUGUCCCGAUCUCUUGGGGACUACCCACUAAAGAACCUCAACGUAGUCAUCCCAGAUCCUGAUAUCAUGACCUUUGACCUGGACAAACUGCAGCCAGAGUUCAUGAUCCUGGCUUCUGAUGGCCUGUGGGACGCCUUCAGUAACGAAGAGGCCAUCCGGUUUGUUCGCGAACGUCUGGAUGAGCCACACUUCGGUGCCAAGAGCAUUGUCCUCCAGUCUUUCUACCGCGGUUGCCCAGAUAACAUCACAGUCAUGGUGGUGAAGUUCAAAAGUGGGGCCGGGGGGAGUAGCAAGGCAGGGGAGUAGGUCAAGUUUAGAGGACAGAUUGUCAUCAGUGUUUUCUGUUAUCUUCCCUGGGUUCUGGAUUGAGCAGCAAGCAUGAUAUCACAGGAGAACUGAGACAAGAUGAAGAUGGGACACUGAGAACUGUAUUUUGGACAAGUGCACACACACAAACACACACACACACAAUUACAGACAGACCAACAUACGCAAAUUUUGUAUGAUUUGAAGAUUUUUGUGUGUGACAAGGGCAUUUAAACACAAUACAGAUCCCAUAACCAUCUGCUAACAGAAUGAGGAAUACAUUAAAAUAUGGAAGUACAUUAAAAUAUGGAAGUACACGCGUGCUAAACAGACACCAAACAGGAUCUCUCUUAACCAGCACACAUUAGACUGUGAUUGAUUAACUACUGUUUACUGUACAUGCACACGAAUGGUACAGCUUCACUGGAGGCUUCUUCAGAGGAGGCUACAACUAGUGCCUAAUCAAGGAUUACUGUGCAGCUACAGGAAGCUAAAGAAAAAGAAUUUGCGAAACAUCACCCUGCUUGCUGCAUUUUGAUCAUGCUCUCAAUUACUGUACGUCUCUUACAUUGUUGAUCAGUAGAAAAUAGUCAAACUCAAAAAAAAAAAAAAAAUGCCAGGGGAUUCAUACCUUUUAAGUGAAAUGCUACAACAAAAAUCUAGUGUUUGUGUAUCACUCACUCACAUUUUGUAGACUUAAAAGCUUAAAAUGGAUUCUAAAAGUGAACUAUUUCAGAGGAAAAGUGUUAAACAAAUAUAUUG